GUGGUUUACAGUUUGUUUUUCCCAGCGAAACAUCGACAUGGAGUUCACAGAGGCGUUGGUGAAAGUUCAGCUGGGCUGGCAUCAUAUGCAUUUCCUGGUUUCUGUCCUCUGUCUGCUUGCAGUGGUCUUUAAACUGACCAUGUUCCUCAUCCACAGAAAGGAAGUGCUUCGAAACAUGGAAGCUUUUCCAGGACCACCUGCGCACUGGCUGUUUGGACACGCUCUGGAGUUCAACCAAACUGGGACAAUCUUGGAAAAGGUACUGGAAUGGGGACAGCAGUACCAACAUGCUUUCUCACUGUGGUUUGGACCCUCUGUUUGUGUAAUCCACAUUCACCAUCCAGAUUAUGUCAAAACCAUCCUGACAUCAACAGAGCCAAAAGAUGAUCUGGGAUAUGAUUAUCUUAAACCUUGGAUUGGAGAUGGGUUAUUAGUGACAAAUGGUCAGAAGUGGUUUCGCCAUAGAAGACUUUUGACUCCAGGUUUCCAUUAUGAUGUUUUGAAACCAUACCUUAAACUGAUGGCAGAAUCUACUGAAACUAUGCUGGACAAAUGGGAGAGUUAUGCAAACAGCAAUGAGGUUUUUGAAUUGUUUGAGCACGUCAGUCUUAUGACACUGGACAGCAUAUUGAAGUGUGCCUUCAGCUGCAACAGCAACUGUCAGACAGAAAGUGGAACAAAUGCAUACAUCAAAGCAGUUUAUGAGCUCACUCAUCUGAUAAACAUGCGAGUCAGGACGUUUCCAUACCAUAGUAAUCUCAUCUUCUACCUCAGCCCACAUGGUUACAGAUACAGGAAAGCACUGAAGGUGGCGCACAGUCAUACAGAGGAAAUUAUAAGAAAGAGGAAAGAAGCACUAAAAGAAGAAAAGGAGCUAAACCGCUUACAGGCUAAGAGAAACUUGGACUUUCUGGACAUCCUUCUCCUUCCAAGAGAUGACAAUCAGCAGGGUCUGUCAGAUGAGGAUAUCCGUGCAGAAGUGGAUACCUUCAUGUUUGAGGGUCAUGACACCACAGCCAGCGGCAUCUCUUUCAUCCUCUAUUGCCUUGCCCGCCACCCAGAACACCAGAAGAUUUGCAGGGAUGAGAUUAUUGAAGCACUGGAUGGCAAAGACACAAUGGAGUGGGAGGAUCUCAGUAAAAUUCCAUACACUACCAUGUGCAUAAAAGAAUGCCUUCGCCUCUACCCUCCUGUACCAGGAAUAGCUAGAAAAACCACCAAACCUAUAACUUUCUUUGAUGGAAGGACUCUUCCAGCAGGUUCUCGCAUUACAACAAGUGUGUUUGUGAUGCACAGAAAUGCAGCUGUCUGGGAAAACCCUAAUGUCUUUGACCCGUUGCGAUUCCUACCAGAGAAUGUUUCCAAAAGGUCACCUCAUGCAUUUGUCCCCUUCUCAGCUGGUCCAAGAAAUUGCAUUGGUCAGAACUUUGCUAUGAAUGAGAUGAAAGUGGUGACGGCCCUGACACUGAAGCGGUACCAGCUGAUAGAGGAGCCAACUUGGAAACCCAAGUUGAUUCCCAGGCUGGUUCUUCGCUCGCUCAAUGGCAUUCACAUCAGGAUCAAACCCGUAAACACCCAGGGGUAAAUGGAAAUAACCGCAGGGAAAAUAUUGUGUAGUACAUUUAGUUUGAAGGAUAAUCAAUCAUUUGUAACCAUUGAAGAAGCAACAGUAUGUCAUUCUGACACACUGGUUUUAUUGAUACCUCUUCACUCCUUUCUAAGGAAUUUGCUCUGAAUUAAUUUUAAUCCGUUUUAAAUAUGAAAUGUUAGAAAGGUUCAUUCAUAUUUUCUAUGUAAAAUAAUAAUAAGUAAUAUAACAUAAUGCAUUUCUUUGUAAACAAACAUGUUAGAUUUGUUUAAAGUAAUUAAAACUUCACAUACUGAAAUUAUCUUUCCAACUGUUUACUUAAUAUUUUACAUUGUUACUUUUCUUUUAGUGGUUAAUGGCUCUCCGUGUAUUUUAGUUGUGAUUGCUGGCUUGCUUAAUGCCUUGAAAACAAACUUGUUGUGUAACUGAACUGAUACACAUUGACCCAUGUUCUUUCCUCUCCGUCCAGUAGUUUGUCUCUCUCGCAUGAAUUCUCUUGAACUAGAUCCAAAAUACUUUCAGAUAUCUGGUUAGUGUUCACCUUGAGAAUAUAGGCUUAGGGGUUAACUCAGACUUUUCCCUUUUUUCAAGUGCAAAGAAAUGACAUUGUACAUAAUUAAAAUAUUUACAUUUAAUAAAUUAUCCUUUUA